AUGAAAAAAAACCAGACGGCGCAGGGCACCUUCAGCAAACUCUUCGGAAAGAAGCAUGUCAGCCCCAACACCACCUCCCUCUAUGCCACCAACCCUCCCUGGAUUUUCACCCGAGAGGCCUCGGAAGAGGGGACCAGGGAUUUUGAUGGUAUCUAUUACGGAGACAAUCGGUUUGACACAGUGAGUGAGUCCGGAACAGCCACACUGAAAGCUCGGCCAAGAGUCCGGCCCCUGCUGACUUUCCUUCCACUGAAUCCCCAGGAGAACCAUGGGCUGGCUGUGCCCACCCCUUCUGUCCCAGAUGACUUUGCAGACAAAGAUGUGACAGGUACCAGCUCUCUCGUCAAUGGUAACCUCCGACUUUACAGCUCUGUGGGGGACCUAAGGCCUGGGCACUAUGGCCAGGACUUACUCAUCCCCCCGCCUCCCCCGGGCCCAGCCCCAGGGCCACCCUCAGAUAUCUUGCAACCUCGAGGGGAGUCCCCACCCCCACCCCCACCUCCACCUUCCACAGCUUGCCCACCACCUCCCCUGCUGCUGGAACCCUCACCCCCACCCCCACCCAGCAUGGCCCCACCUCCUCCUCCAGUACUGGGAGCCCUAUGUCCCCCAUCCACCCAUUCCUCCCCAUCUACACCCACCCUUCCUGACUUCAUUCCUCCUGCGCCACCCUCGGCCUUUUUAGCCCCCCCACCUCCCCCUUUGCCAGCCCCAGCACCCCCAGCUCCAAUGUCUUCUCACAUAUCAUCGGGGCCUCACCCCUUUCCUCCUGGGGGGAUCACCAAGUGGAAAUCGGAGGCAGCACUGAAUGGCAGGCAGCCACCAGUUUCCAGAACCAGCCCCCGCAGGAGCCCUGCUGAGACUAAGGGGAGCUCCCUGGGACCCAAGCCAGAGCUCCACCUCACCUUCCCCUGUUCGCUCAAGGUGCCUCCGCCAACCCCAGUCAGGACUUCAUCCAUUCCAGUUCAGGAAGCACAAGGGGCUUCCCCUGAGGCAGAGGGGGCCACCAAGAAAGUCCCUGACCAACUCCCACUGCCUUCCAACUUCCACAUCCGCCCUGCUUUCCAAGCCUACCCCAACGGGGAGCCUGAGCCAGACAGCCCAGGGGAGCUCAGAGCAGCAGCACCAAGCAGCCCAAGGCUGGGCCAGGCCCAGGCCCGGACAAAUGAACAUGCUAGGACUCCACCCCCAGCCCCUCCCCUGCCCCCUCCUGCACCCCCACUCCCACCCCCAGCACCCCCUCUGCCCCUAGCUGCCGUUCCUUUGCCUUCUGUUGAGAAGACAUCCCCUCCACUUGCUGGGUUUCCAAAAAGCUCCAAAUCUAGCUCUUCUGCUCCCAAACCCAAACCACCCAGCCCAGAGGACACAGCCUCUUCAGCCCCUGUGGACUGGCGGGAUCCCAGCCAGAUGGAAAAGCUGCGGAGCGAGCUGGCAGCCUAUCUUUGUGGCUCCAGGAGAGAGGACCGAUUCAUCAGUCAUAGGCCAGGCCCAACAGUGGCCUCUCAGGGCAAGAAGGGCCCCAGCCUGCCAGAGAAGGAGGCUCCCCCAAGCUUGCCAGAGAAAGAGUUGCCCCCAAGUGUUCCUGAGAAGAGUCCCUACGGCAGCAGCCUACCAGAGAAGGAAGUCACCACCAGCCUGACCCUCCCCGCUGUGGACUACAGCCCCGAAGACUCCGUAACUCCCAGUGUCCGGCAGAUCCGGGAUGAGCUGGAGGCCCGGCUUUCCUCAUCGGCAGAGAAGGAAGCCAAGCUCAGCUCAAGGUCCUUGCUGUCCAAACCCCUGCCCGUCAGGGGCAGAAUCUUUGAAAAUGGGGCUGGUAAUGGCAAAUUCUCCAAGCCUGUGGCCAAGAAUCUGCCACUUGUAUCCACCACACCUCUGCAAAGCAGUCCACUCCAGCCCAAGGCCACCACUGGGCCAGCCACACCACCCAAGGCCACGUCUGGGACAGCCACACCACCCAAGGCCACGUCUAGGAUAGCCACACCACCCAAGGCCACCACCGGGCCAGCCACACCACCCAAGGCCACCACCGGGCCAGCCACACCACCCAAGGCCACCACUGGGACAGCCACCCCAUCCUUAGCCACAACUCUGUCUGCCACAUCAUCCCAGCUGAUGGCAGGGAAGGACCCAGUCCCUGCUGGGCAUGGGGAGAAGCCAGUGGAAUCUCAAGAACUUGCAGUGCCCUUCCAGCCAGAGGCAAAGGGGUCCCCCUCAGAGGCCAGUAAACUGCCUACACAGGGAGUCCCCUCGUCUCCAGCCCUCCCACCAAAGACAUCCUCUGUCCAAGAAGAGGUGCUGUAUCUCUAUAAGCCCCAUAGCAGCCAGAACAGCCUCAGCAGAGAGGUUGCUGUGGUGAUGCCCACCCUGGCCAGAGGAGAGGCUGCAGGGUCAAGGGAGCCUGUGGAGGUGAAGGAGCCCCUGGGGCUGCUAGCCAAGACCCCUGUCUCAGCCCCACCUGCUGACGAACUCCUCAGGCACCCAGUGACUGGGAAGGUGGUGGAUCAGGGUUCACCGAUGGCCCUGCUCCUCGCAGCCCGGCAGAGGGCGCAAAAGGGAAGGCCUGGAGGGGCUGCCCUCGGUCGGUCCUCGCUUGCAGGGAGUCUACGAGGCCACAGCAGCUCACCAGAGGCAGGCUCUGACAGCAUCUACAGCGAGGGCCAGCCCAACUCCUUCACUGUGGUCCCCAAGCUGUCGAAGGAAACCACGAAGGACCCCCAGCUGGCCUCGUCAACCCAGCCCACGGUACCCAGUCCGUGGAAGCCCCAGCCCUGCAGAGACCCAGAGGGCACAAAGCCAAACCGCUGGCACAACUGGACAAAGGCAGAGCCCCAGGCCCCGGUGGCCUGGGAAAGGUCAGCUCCCUCCAACCUCCCACAGGGCCCCCCGCUUCCCAAGUCCUUCUCUCCAUCUUCUCCUUCGUACAACAGGGAGGAGGAGUUCAGCUUUGAGGUCAUUCCACCGCCGCCAGAGUUUAGCAAUGACCCUGACCCCCCGACCUCGAGUCUCCAGUAUCCGGGCCACCGGGGCUCCCCGCCUCGGAACAAUUUCUCGGACUUGAGGCAAACCCUGGACGCGGAACCCGCAGCUUCCUCGGCUCGCGGCUUCUCGCACUGCCCCAUGGGUGCGCGCUACGCUGGAGCCGGGGACGUGCAGCGCUUCUCCGCCGGCGGCCGCUCGCUCAUCAAGAAGCGCCUGUACGUCGGGGAACCCCACCAGAGCCCCGGGCUGCCCCGCGGUGGCACCGGCCGCAGCCUGAGCUCCCCCAACUGUAUCGGGCCCCAGCCCGGAGGGCCCUUUGGAGCGUCUGGAGGCCCGGAGAUGCGAUGCGUCAACUCGGCGGGCCGGGCGCCCCCCGGCGGCCUGCAUGCCCGGAGAAUAGCUCCGGAGGGCUCCCGGGACGCGCCAUACGCUGGCGGCGGCGGGGGAGCCGGAGACGCCAAGUACAAAGGGCCCAGCGGUGACUAUGGCUUCCUCCAUGCUGCUGGCAGGUGUCCCCACAGCACGCCCCACUAUGGCAGCCCCAUCAACACAUUCACCGUGAGGCCUGGCACCCACCAUCCCAUCUCCUGUGCCUACUCAGGGGCCCAUCGGAAAGCCACAUCCUGAGCCUGGGGUUGUCAAAGCACUACUCCAAGGGGUCGGAUCUGGGCACUUGUUUUUGUGGGGAACAGGAGGGACACAGAGGAGUCUUUGUUCCCUGAACACAGGCAGAGGGACAAAGAGUGAGAGGCAAUGGCCCAGGGAAGAUCAAGAGUGGCAUGACUAUGGACUGUUUGCAGCUAGGGGUGGGAGGGAAAAAGGGAGAAGAGGAGGAGCCUUUAAGGGCCUGGAGCCUGAGUUUCUGCUAUCUGGUACUCUCUGCUUUAGCAAGACUUAUUUAAAGCCAUUUUACAAGCAUGGCCUCUUAAGCAAGGUUCUAAAAGCAAGGGGUGGGACGCUAACUCUGAAUUGGAACCCAACAGGAUGGUUGUGAUGUGGGUUGGAGUGCAAGGAGCUACAGGUUGAUCUCUUUAGAGGUGAUAUCUGGGGUUCCUAGCCUAGAAGCCACAUGGGUCCAGGAAUGUGAAGGGCAUGUGGAGAAAGUGCUGGAACAGAAGUGCUUUGCAUUGGCCAUGGUCAGGAAUGGGGGAAUUGAUGGUUCAUAUUGCCCUGGGCCUGGCCCUUAGCUACAGGGAGGCUUACAGAGAGGAGGCUUGGCAAGUGUGGGAUGAGAGGCAGAUACAACAGUGCUGGACCACAUCUUUUCCUUUUGUGCCC